AUGUUAUCUCCUCAUGAAAGCCCGCGGGAACUUUCGUGUCAAGCUAUCCUACAACAACUGAACCGACAACCUUCCUCUGCGUUUGCAAGACUACAAAAGAUAUACGGGACACUGUUACGAGUCAAUAUCUUGGAAUCACAAAUGGAGUUCUACAAGGCCGUAUGCCAGUGGCAUGAAACCCAUCACGAUGAAAUGUCUCUCUAUUGGAUCGCGCGAUGCCGGAUGAAUGGCUGGGAUAGCACAAAAGAACCCGUAACAGGAUUUUCUCAGCUGAUCACUCUGGCCAGUGCCGGAUGCUUGGAAGCUCAAUACUACGUCGCCAUGGUUUACCUACACGGCAUGUCAAUCACGGGAGCGCAGGAACUGUCGAUUCAGGUGGACAAAAAGACCGCAUACGAUUGGCUCAAAUUAAUAAGCGAUUGUGACCCGAUCGCUGGCUCAUCCUCUACACAGCACAAUAACCGCACACGAACGCUGAUUAGCCUAGCCCAAUACCAUCUGGCCGAAAUGCUCUCCAAAGGUAACGGUGUUCCUGAAGAUACCCAGCAGGCAUUUCAGCUUUUUGUGAAGAGCGCCAAUCAUGGUAACAAGUAUGCUCAAUAUAUUACCGGGUAUCAUUACGCGAAAGGGUUGUUCGUGGAGGAAAACACCGAGCAAGCGAAAUACUACUUUUUGCAAAGUGCACGUCAAGAUUUCUCAGAGGCCCAAGCGGCCGUUGGGAUUAUGUUGGUGGAUGAAUCGUGUACUGAAGAAGGCCUGCUGUGGCUUCAGCGAGCGGUGCACAAGGAUAAUCCUCGGGCCAUGUUAAAACUUGCAAUGAUGUACGAAACAGGUCAAGGGGUUCCGCAUAAUGAUGCUCUCGCUUUGGAUUACUACAUGAUGGCCGCUCGCCGUUGCGAUCAUCCCGUCGCCAAUUACGUUUUGGGCCUGAAUUACCGUCUUGGUCAAUUGGGGUUGGAAAAGAACUAUCAGGAAGCCAGCAAAUACCUUACACGAUCAGCUCGCGCGGGAUUCCCAUCCGCCCAACGAUUGCUAGGUCUGAUGUAUGCGCAAGAAUUACUGUCGACAGGCGGCGAGAACAGUCGUCGCAAAAACGAAAAGAUCGCCCUCAUUUGGUUCCGGCGAGCAGCGUCUCGAGGCGAUGUGCGAGCUUUGGGUCUUGUGGGGUCCUUUUACGAACACGGGCAAGGCACCACAUCCAACUUUGAAAUCGCAUUGCAAUACUACCAUAAAGCUGCCCGUAUCGUUAGUCCCUUUCAAGGUGCAGCCCAACUAGCCAUGGCCAUGCUGCUUCAUCGAAUGGGUCGUUACCACGACGCUUAUCAAUGGUUUACGCUGGCUGCCACGCCAUCACCGACAGAGGCAGCUCAUCUAACCUGUGGCUAUCGAAGAAAAGCACAACUCAUGGUGGCCCGAUAUAAGCUUCACGGGUGGAUUGAAUCACUGAAAGAUCCAAAGGCCGCUUUUCACAUGUUGACCGAUAUGGCGACCCAGAGCGAUACCGAUGGUUCGGUUCAUUAUUGGCUUGCUGCUUGUUACGAAGAAGGGAUCCACGAUGUUUGUGACCCGGAUCUUGAAAAAGCAUUCCAGCAUUAUAUGGUCGCAGCCAAAACCGGCGAUACCGAUGGCGAGUUCCAGGUUGCGUUGAUGUUAUCGAAUGGUCAAGGGGUUCCUUGUAAUCGUAAAGAUGCAUAUACAUGGUACGAAAAGGCGGCUCAAAAAGGACACCGAACAGCUUUAUAUAGCCUUGGUUUGUACCACGCCAAGGGAUUGGCAGGCUGUGCUCGCAGCCUUGAUCAGGCACGGACAUAUUUUGAAAAGGCGGCUCAACUGGGAUUACCCAAAGCGAUGACUUCGCUUGCUACGACCUACCGAUUAACUGCAACGCCGCAGUUGGACAAAUCUAUCUACUGGUAUAAGAAGGCAGCCGCUUUGGAUGAUGUAACAGCACAAAGAGAAUUGGGAAUCUUGUAUGAUGCUGGUACUGAAGUCCCACAAAACCACCGCCUCGCUUACGAGUACCUCGAGAAAGCGGCCAAGCACAAGGAUAGCCAAGCCAUGUUACUAUUGGGAAGUUAUUAUCAGAACGGACUCAUCGUCACAAAGGAUUAUGAUCAAGCCAUUCAACUCUAUCUGGAAGCCAGUGCAUUUGGCUCAGCCAUUGCAUCGUUUGCCGCUGCUCAACUGUACCAUCAACUGAAGCAAUUCGAUAACGCUUUCCAUCAGUAUUGGUUAGCCGCGAACGAUCAACGAUUGGCAUCCAGCCGCAUUGGUAACACAGCCAAGUUAAUGGUGGCUCGCUAUAUCUUGAGCUAUGUGCCUCUAUCCACGUCAACUUUGAAAGAAGACGCCGAUCAUUCAAGAAUGUCGUGCUGUAUGCAGACCAAGGAAGAAGCGUUUCAGAUGAUGUUUGACUUGGCGAGUGAAGCUCAUUUUGGUCCUUCUUUUUAUUGGCUAGCUGAUUGUUACUUUCAUGGUCACGGUGUGUCUCCCGAUCCUAUUCAGGCCAUCUACUGGUACAAGCGAGCUGUGGAGGAAAACAAUCAUGCCGAAGCAAUGAUGAAAUUAGCCGAUAUCUAUGCCCACGGUCAAGGCAUCGAAAAGAAUGAGCGCCUGGCAUAUCAAUAUCUGCAACAAAGUGCUGAAGGUGGUCACGCACAAGCACAACAUGAACUGGGCAUUACAUUAUGGCAAGGCCGUUAUCAAUUGCAACCUGAUCUUGCCAAAGCGGUAGCAUGGCUUACUCGUUCGGCAGCGCAGAAAUGGCCCGAAAGUCAUUAUGUCCUUGGACAAAUGGCUAUGGAUAACGGUGAUCGUGAUGUGGCUCUGGCAUGGUGGCAUAAAGCCAGUGAUCUCGGUCACGUCCUGUCGAUGCGUACGUUGGCGCUGGCACUAUUGGAUCAAGAAAAAGAUUUGGAUUUAUCCAAGGUGGCUCGAUUACUUUCUGAAGCCGGGAAAUCUGGCGAUGCUGAAUCUUUGAUUUUCCUUGGACAGCUCCACCAAAACGGUUCAAUGAUCGCUCUCCGACACCAAGCGCGCGCUACGCAUCUCGAACCCAUCGGUGAUGACGACUCUGAAGAAGACGACGGUACAAACACCCUCCUUCAGGAUCAGGAAGAAGAACAGACACUUGCUAUUCAGUAUUUUGAACAAGCGGCUCGUAUGGGACAUGUCAAAGGUAUGUUCCUUGCAGCUCAAGCGUGGCAUGCGCAACAACAGUAUGCGGCAGCUUUGGAACAUUACGAACAUGCUGCUUCCCGGGGACACAUCCUCGCCAAAGUCAUGCGUGCCCGUUACCGUCUAGCAGGACUCGGCGGGUUAACUGCAGAUCCAGCUACAGCUUACAAGGAAUUACUCGCUUGUGCGCAAGACGAACAAUGUGCUGAUGCUUACAAUUCAUUGGGACAGUGCCAUGAACUAGGAUUGGGAACAGAACAAAAUGAUCAGCAAGCCAUUACGUGGUAUGUCGCUUCUGCAGAAGCUACAAGAGAUGCCGAAGCCAUGUAUCGUAUUGGCCGACUUUAUGCUCAACGACGUAUUACCAUGAACGAGUACCAGGAGGAAACUUCCUAUCAAAACGACUUGGAAGCGAUGCGGUGGUAUUUAUUCGCGAGCGAUACGCAACAUCAUGCGAAUGCGCUAUAUCAGUUGGGUCUCUAUUACAUGAACGGUAUUACUUGUCAAUCGGAGAUCAUUAUGCAACCCGAUAUCGGCAAAGCGUUGCAUUGCUUCCAACAAGCAGCCGAGCAACGUCACCAAGGAUCCAUGUUCCAACUCGGGUAUCACCUUGUGUACGAAGAAGCGCUUGUAGCCGAAGAACAGCGCAUGGGUGUUUUGUGGCUCGACCGGGCUGCCGAAAUGGGAUUUCGAGAAGCACAACGAGAGCUUGGCAAGCUGUAUCACACGGGCAAGGACCACGGACUGAGUGGCGAAUGUAUUGUGGUGCAAAAUUUUGAAAAAGCGUACGAUUUAUUCUGUCGAGCCGCUCAACAAGAAGAUCUCGUUGCUACGUUGUUCCUCGGAUCAUACAACGAACACGGUAUUCAUGUGCCUCCAAGCCCCGAGUAUGCGAAAGAAUGGUACGAGAUUGCGAUCAAACUCGGUCGACGGCUUCAACCUCCGGACCCAGAUACCUGGCUGGCUGAGCUUGCCUUGGCUCAUUUGUUGCAUCAAGAUGAAAGUCAGCGUCGGGAGGCUUGGCUUCUUUAUCAAAACGUGUUUGACCACGCGCCGGCUGAGCAAAAAGAUGGUAUUGCGAUAACGUUGGCCCGGUACCGAUUGUAUGGCUGGGGCAACGUUACGCCAGAUCCCGAGUAUGCUGCGCAAAAAUUAAUCGAGUACGCUACAAAUGGCGCAACCACCGCGUUUCUUGAUGUGGCACAAUGCUUUGAGCUUGGCAACGGUGUACAACAAAGUUGGCGCCAGGCGUUUAUGUGGUACGACCGUGUUGUCAGACAAUCCCAACAAGCGGCUACCGAACAAGGAGUCGACGACGACAAUGACGAUGCAGAGGACGACACCGAUGAAGAAGAUGUUAUCGUUGCUUUAUUGAAAAUGGCCGAAUUCUAUAGAAAGGGCAUGGGCAUGCCUGUCAAUCUACAAAAAGCACAAGAGCUUUAUCGUCUUGCCGCAAGUAAAGGUACGUUUUUACAUACAUGUAUAAACCGACGCGUUGGCGUUUUUCGCGUUGUUGUCAUAUUGACUAAUAAGGGCUACUGUGUGCAGGUUCAGAAGAAGCCCAAGAAUUUCUCAGAUCGUCCAUGCCCACUAUGA